AUGUCAUUAGAAAACCUGCCGACUCAACUCGCCGAACUUAGAACUGCGAAUGAAGAACUGCGUCAACGGAUUAGACAACCCAGCACUUCUCAAAACAUGUUGGUCAACAGAGUAGCCGUCAAACUUCCGCCCUUUUGGCCUGAAAGACCAAGUCUGUGGUUCUGUCAAGUUGACUCGCAAUUUCUUAUUUCUGGAAUUACCAACGACAACACCAAGUUUCACUACGUGGUCUCGCAAUUGGACACAGGAAUUGCUGCUGAAGUCGAAGACAUCAUAAUAAACCCUCCUCAAGGCGAUAAAUACGGACAUCUAAAAAAGAAACUGAUUGAACGCCUCUCUGCAUCCGAAGAGCAACGUGUGCGGCGGCUGCUGAGUGAAGAGGACCUUGGAGACCGCAAGCCUUCCCAGUUUUUGAGGCAUCUUAGGUCUCUUGCGGGCUCGACUCCCCUUCAAGACAACAUGCUUCGUCAACUGUGGCUCAGACGACUCCCUCCUCAUUCACAAGCCAUAUUGACUACGCAACUUAUAUUUAUAUAUAUACGCAGCUCUCCUUGGACAAACUGA